AAAGAAAUCCGAAGAAAAGAAGAAGCUGUUAAACCCUUACCUAAAGCACCACCGAGAUCAUCUACAACAAAUAUGCGACGAAUAAGAAAAUCAGCAAUACUGACAGAUACGCCUGAAAAGAACGCUUUGGCUGAAGAAAAAGCAAGAAGAGGAAAGAGCAAUAGGAAAAUAAAGGGGAAGGAAAUUCAAAAAAGAGUCGGAAAGAAAAAGGCAACCGAAAAUGCGACUCGGAAAGUCCUGCAGGAAGAUGAUCAUGGAAGUGAUAGUGAAGAAGACAGCCUGGAAUGGUAUUGUUUAAUAUGUUGCGACUCAUAUUCUAAUUCACAACCAGUUGAACAAUGGAUUGAAUGCGUCAUGUGUAAGAAUUGGUCUCAUUUAAAAUGCCUAAAAUCUAAAGACGUUUAUUACUAUGUUUGUCCGAAUUGUAAUUCUGACGACGAAAUCUUUAAAUAAUUAAUUUUUAAGCACUGCGAGACUGAAAUAAAACUAUAAUUUAAGUAAACCUUUAAUAAGAUUAUUGAUCUCAGUAAAGAAAAUGCUAUGAGACUGAAUAUAGAAACUUUUGUUGGAAAUGUUAAAAUUUGUUGAUUUUUCUUUUUAUUUUAAUUAAAAUAAAUGGUUUGGUUUUUUGACAAAUUGACGUUUGUCAAAGUUGAUUAAUAUUAUAGAUGUUUAUUAGACAUAAGCCCUAAUUAAAAGGUCGUAUUACAUUAUUAGUAUUAAUACUUGC